AUGGCCUCUCCAGGAAUCGGCCAGCGCAUGUCCAGGGCCGUCUCUGCUACUGUGCCUCACAGCUUCGCACAAUCCCUGGACAAGUUUCAGCGCGUGCACGUCCUGCACAUCACGCCCGUCUCGCAAGUGUGCCUACUGCGCACGAAGCGAGAGCGCCCUUUGGGUGAGCAGGUGACGUCAAUGAAUCCUCAAGAUGCGGAGUUGGACAAGUCUAUAGAGGCGGCUAUUCCGAGGAGGAGGGUCGCCCCAGUUUCCUCGCCGGAGAAUGGAGCAUGGUGUGAUCGGAGCUCAACGUCUGAAGGUCCGGCCUCAAGCCGUGGAACGCCUACGUUUGGAGGCCUUGCUGGGAUUGAAGAGUCGCAAGAGGCAGACGGCGAGCCGGAGGCCCUGAAGCCGUACGUGCUGCCGAGCGGCUGCGUCACGAGGAGCUCGCCCUUGCGGUCCUCGCCCAGCCGUCGCCCGCCUUUGCGGCCCUAUGAGCGCCGAGCGCCGUGUCUGGACGGCGCCUGCGCGCCCUUCACGGAGCUCAGCCUGGCGCGGCAGAGCUCCAUGCGCCUCCCGCCGCUGCGCAGGGAGAGCGAGGAGUUCCGCGGCCGCUGGAGCGCCCCCGCCUCUCGCGAGAGCGAGGCCUUGGGCACCGCGGACUUCCCGCCGGCCCCCAACUCCGCGCCUGCGGACAGCAAGAAGAUCCGCAAGUCCCGCCGCGAAGGCUCGCAGCUCCGGAACUCCUCGCGGUCCACCACUCCCAGCUCCAGCUCCGAGGAGACGGCGGCUUCGAAGGCGCCGCAGGUCUCCGGCGGCUUCGGCUGGAUCCGCGGCGCCGCCAUCGGCGCCGGAGCCCACGCCUGCGUCUUCAAGGCCCUGGAGAAGCAGACAGGCCGCAUCUUCGCAGUGAAGCAGUCGCCGCUGGAAGCAGAGGCGGAUGAGAAGCUGAGGGAACGUCUCCAAGAAGAGCUGCGCAUCUGCAAGGACCUGCGACACCCCAACAUCGUGGCGUGCUUGGGCUUUGAGUGCACCAAGGAUAGCUUCUACAUCCAGCUGGAGUAUGUACCGGGCGGCUCGAUGAGCAAGCUGCUCAAGGAGUUUGGGCCUUUGGAAGGCCGGCUUCUGAAGCAGUGCUCCGAGGGUGUCUUGGAGGGAUUGAGCUACUUGCACACGCAGAAUCCCCCGGUGGUGCACCGAGAUAUCAAGGGCGCCAACAUCUUGGUGGACCUGAACUUCAAUGUGAAGCUCAGUGACUUUGGAUGCUCAAAGAAGGAGGACCUCACCAAGUCCUUCACCACCAUCGGGUCAAUCCCAUGGAUGGCGCCGGAGGUCAUCCUCCAGCGGGAGGGGCAUGGUCGCAAGGCGGACCUCUGGAGCCUGGGCUGCGCCGUGCUGGAAAUGGCCACCGCCGAAAAGCCUUGGGGCAACGACGCCUUCGACAACGUGAUGUUUGCGCUGAAGCACAUCUCCAUGACGGACGCCAUCCCGCCCAUCCCGGACUCCCUGGGAGAGGCUGGGGAAGCCUUCGUGAGAGCAUGCGUGCAGCGGGACCCCAGUCAACGCCCCUCGGCCGAGCAGCUGCUGCAGCACCGGUGGUUUGAGGCCGGGCCGUGA